AUUGACAGCCGCUGUUUAGGGGGAUCAUUAUAUCCUUUAACACAUAGAUCAGUAAAUACUGUCAUAAAACAUCUCAGGGCAACAUAUCGACACAUUCCAGGACUCUUUCACAAGCUGCUCGUCCCCGACACCAUGGAGCGUCUAAAAACCACGCGACUCAGUCUCCCUUUAGUGAUUUUCGUUUUGUUUGUUAAAUCUUCAUUACAACAGGGAUUUACUCCUUUCGGACUCCGUGGUUUUGGGCGCCCGCCCUUAUUUCGGGGAUUUGGACCCCCGCCACCUGGUUUACCGAGACUGCUACCUCCCCCUCUUGGACUACCCGGUUUUCUUGGUGCCGGACCACCCCUCCCUAUUGUAUCACCCCCUCUGACCACUUUAACAGAAGGAGGGGCGGGCAGUUUUUCUCUGUCUGGAGAUACAGUGCCGUCGACUUUGGAUUUAAGUGGAUUUUCCGGUUCCGUCCAGACACUACCCACGGGAACAGGAACUAGUAUCGCGGGGCAGUCUGGGUUUGGAGGCGAUUUGUUCUCUCUAAGUGAUCCCACCAAUUCUUUGAACACUCAAAAUUUAAUAACCACAUUGACGGGCGGCGAUGCUCUUCUCGGGGGCAGCACCUCAUCAUUAACGAACAGCCUGGCAACAGGCAUGAUAACUUCAGAUGCCGGCGUACCGGAAGGAGUGGAUCCGGCGUCCGCCGCAGAAUCUUCCUUCGUUUCGCGCUUCAGUAACGGAAACAUAAAUGAUGGCGGGUCGACAACAUUUACUCUACCCGGACAGCUUAAUUCUUUUGAUUCGGCGCCUGUAUCAAGUUCCCGAUCAUUUGACCCAACGGCUAUUUUGAACAGUGUAUUUAGAAGUCCUGGUGCGACCCCAAGUACCAGCACAGUAACUGUUGGAGACAAUUCACCCAAUCAAAUCAUCUUUACCAGCGGUGUAUCUAACAAUGCCGCUCCAAGUAAUCUUGUACAACGACAAACGAUGACAGCAGAAAACACCGGAGAACGAAUUCCGACCAUUAACGAACUACAGCAGAUGUUUACACCCACCGAAUUGUCCAGAAAUGGAGGAAACACCGUCAUCGUGUCCUCGGCAGAUCCCAGGUCGGGCGGUAACACAAGAGGGAGUGAAACAAGGAUUACAAAUAUGAACUCCGUGACCACCGUCAAUAGGGUUGAUGAUCCAAGGAGAUCCCAGGCCAGCAACCCUUCAGAUGAGCUAAACAUGGAAUUUAGAAACUUUAUUCGGGCCGAUGGAGGACAGACUGAUCCAAACGAUAUUCUGUAUAGAUUUCCUUCGUCGGCUUCCAGUUUAAAUACAGCAUCAAGCAUUUCAAGUGAGAGGAUGUCGCUUCCGUCUAAUUCCAUACUCGGCGAAACUGCUGAUCCAAGAGCAGGGUCCAGAACAACGAUUACAGAAAUUCGUAGCAAUACGAAUAUAGGCAGCGAUCCCUUAAACUCUCAAAUGACGUCAUCAUUUGCCACAGAUCCAAGAUUGGUUCUUGAUCCCGCUACAAGCUCCAUAAGUAGUACCCGCGACACAGGUCCUGUAAACCGUCCCUUAUCCUCUGUAAACUCCUCAGAGAACAAGUCGAAUGUGAUCAUAAAUGGCAACAGCAAUAUAGUGGGCUCCAAUGUGGACAUGAACAGAUUUAUCCGAAAUAACGAAGUCCAGAUACCACAAACCAUUAACCUACAGCGUUCAGAUUUUGAAAACAGCGUGUCUAACAGAAGAAGUCGUGUAGAAUCGCCUAUUUCUCCAGUGAAUUCUUUCAAUGAACGAUUUGAUGUUAGGGCAGACCCUUUAAAUGCUAGAGCCGACCCUUCGAAUAUUAGAACAGACCCUCUAAAUUUUAGGACAGAUCCAUUGAAUAUUAGGAGAGACCCUUCAACUUUAAGGACAGAUCCUUUGGAUAUUAGGAGAGACCCUUCAAAUUUAAGGACAGAUCCUUUGGAUAUUAGGAGAGACCCUUCAACUUUAAGGACAGAUCCUUUGGAUAUUAGGAGAGACCCUUCAACUGUAAGGACAGAUCCUUUGGAUAUUAGGAGAGACCCUUCAACUUUAAGGACAGAUCCUUUGGAUAUUAGGAGAGACCCUUCAACUGUAAGGACAGAUCCUUUGGAUAUUAGGACAGAUCCUUGGGAUAUUAGGACAGAUCCUUGGGAUAUUAGGAGAGACCCUUCAACUGUAAGGACAGAUCCUUUGGAUAUUAGGACAGAUCCUUGGGAUAUUAGGAGAGACCCUUCAACUGUAAGGACAGAUCCUUUGAAUGUUAGGUCAGACCCUCUGAACGUUAGAACAGACCCUUUGAACGAUGCAUUAAGAACACAGCAGACCAACAGAUCCCAAGACCCUGGUAACGACCCCCAGAGAGGAAGCAAAAUCGUGUUUGUUGAUGGUCAAAACACAGAAGACGAUAGAGGCGCCACUCGGGGGGUGGUUUUUCCCGCCAAUCAAAUUGCCGCCAACACUAGGAUAGCGACUGAUGCAGGGAAUUCCGAUACUCAACCACGAGUAAACAUUAACUUCAAUUUUCCGGCCAACCAACUGGCAUUUAACACUAACCGUCCUACGGUUUCUAGCAAUAGCUCAGGUGGCGUCGAUCCUUUGACAGCAUCACAGCAAGUACCUGAUAUUAGAUUAUUCCAACGUCCUAGCGAGUUAUGGGGUGGAGAGGCAGGUGCUUCUGAUCCAGGCAGACCAAGAAUGGUGGAUUCUAGGACAGGAAGUUUACCAACGGCAUCAAUGGUACAAAGAUUUGAGACCACAAAUCAAGUACCGAGGGGAAACUCAAAUGGAGACGAUCCCAGUAUAUUUCAACAAACUGAUCCUAACAGAGGUAACGGCGGUAUGACUUUGCAAGAUGCUACCAUCAACAUGCAACCAUCUUCUUUCCAAAGAUUCCAAAGUACUGAUGGGAUUCCAAGAACAAAUACUGAUGUGCUAGAUCCGAAUAAUUUCAGCACGAUUGGUUCAAAUCGUGCCCGCGGUGGUACUACAUCUCAGAAUGAUCCGGGUUCUACAAUGCAGAGAUUUACAACUACAAAUCAGGCAACGGGAGGGAACGAUGAGGAGACAGAUCCUAGGAUAACGGGCAACGUGAGGGAUCCCAAUAGUAAUCGUAUGGAUUCACAGACAGCCCAAUCUGGAUUCAAUGUGCGAAAUCCAGAAGUGAGCGUCAACCCACAGCCAUCCGUCGCUCCCACGAGUAGACGGUUCAUAAAGAAAACAACAACAAUCAGGAGGUUUAUUGUAGAUCCGAAUGAAAACCAGACCGCCACCUCGUCACAAACUGCUACUGCACAAGGUUCUGACCCCAAUGCUAGCCUUUUUGCAAGAAUGAAUUUCGGUUUCAGCAACAUAAACACGUCUUCAAACACCAACACUGGUGCCUCAGCAAACAUUGCGGAUACAAGCGGUAUGCCUAGAAUUAUGGGAAAUCAAAACUCUCUUCAAACAAGUCGAUUUUCUCAGAGCGUUCUACCUGGAAAUAUCGGAGGUACUAAUUCGUUUGUUAAUGCAGCAGACUCCACAAAUAAUGAAAACAGACAACCUAUAAGGACGAGAUUUGCAACGGCUUCUGAUCCACAAAGUCAAAGCAGUAGAACUAUAGCCGGACAAGCUCCAAACAGUAUAGCAAUGGACCCGUCUUUUGCCACUAAUAUGGAUCCCUCAGUGAAUCAAGAUGCAAUAAAUAGAUUUGUUUCAACAUCGAACAUGGCGGAUUCUGGCAGAACGCCUCAAAUAAUGGGCGUUCAAAAUUCCCUUCAAACUAGUCGAUUUUCGCAGAGCGUUCUACCUGGAAAUACCGGGAACAUUGGGGGCUCAAAUUCGUUUGUAACAACAGGAGGCUUCAAUAAUGACGAAGAUGGUCGGCCAUCGAUGACAAGAUUUGUGACUUCUUCAGAUCCACAAAGCCAAGGAACCGGAACCGGGCAAGCUUCAAAUAGUAUCUCCACCAACUCAGCAAUUAGUCCUUCUUCAAUAGAGACUCGAUUUGCGCCCUCAAGCAAUGGGAACUUGUUUAGAUCUCUGCCAAGUGUUGAAGGCUCUGGCUUCACUAAUAGUGGAUUUCCAAGCGCUUCCGGUCAAAACAUUGGAAUUGGUGGUUUUGUAAGCACCAAUGCAGGCGGAUCCCCGGGAACCCAGAACUCAGAGAGUUCUAUUUUUGAGAGAUUCGGUGGUACGCCGGCUGGUUCUGGGUUCCAGACAUUGAGAUCAACAGGAGACAAUUUUGCAGUACGAUCGCGACAGGCGUCUAAUAGCUCUGUCGUGAGAAACAGUGCUGGGUCAAGAAAUGGUAACUCAAACGAUGUCACGAUUAUAGAAACAUCGAGAAGAAAUGUGGUUCUAUCAUCAGAAAAUCCUGGUGGCAACCCCGGCGGAGAGAGGAACGGCGAAGUUGCCCGGGGAUCCACACUCCCGCCGAUAGUUCCUGUCAAUGACACACAAUCCUGUCUAAGUAUCGGGUGUCCGACGGGUGAGCAGUGUACAUUCAACCAGAAUUUCCUCUGUCCUGAGUGGGCCGAGGCCUCUGCUUGUCAGUGUCGACAAGGAUGCCAGGCGUACAACCGAUUCAUACCACUCGGAACAAGACUGAGCGUCGAUACCUGUGGCAAUGUUUGUGUGUGCAACAACAAUGACGGAAUCGUUAGUCCCCAGGCUGAGAUUAUAACAUCACCCCCACCAGAAGUGGUCAGUUUGCCAGGAGGGAGGCAGAUUGUCAGAGGGAGUCCUGUCCCAGUCCUUAUAAACACAAGUAUAUCCUCUGAUCACAAGUCACCCAAAAAAUCUCAUCUUCAAGUGAGACAACUAAAUGAGAGUUCUCACUAUAGAGACAGUCCACACAGAUCAGUUCAUGAACUCGGUGGCCGUCACAGCGAGUCAUUAACGCAGAGUAAGAGAGACAACUCCGGGGAGGAGCAGGAGGAUCUUCCAGCUGACAAUGACAGCACCCAGAACAACCCAAGCUCUAACAGCGAUGUUGUGUCUGAGGACGGGGCAUCUGUUGUGUUGGGGAGGAACCGGUCAAUGGAGGAGGAGGAGGAGGAGGGUGUGGGGAGAGGGGGACUGGUAGGGGUGAGGGAGUAUCGUGAAAUGUCACUGAGAGCAAAGGGCACAGAGAUUCAGAGGGGAGAACGGUCAGUGUCUAGUCAUAACAAUCACAGCCUAUCUUCAGUUAGGAAUAGAAGGGAUGAGUCACAAACCAGAAACUCUUUGUACUCUGGUGCUGAGGAGGAUAAUGAAAUGGUGCCAAGCUACAGCACAUCUCCUGGGGAAGGAGGAGACUUAAGUAGGGCAAAGAAGCAACCUACUCCUCACAAACAACCUACUCCUCACAAACAGCCUACUCCUCAAAAACAGCCUACUCCUCACAAACAGUCCAAUUCUCAUGAAGAAGAUAUUAUUCAUAGCCCAGAAAAGAAAGUAAAGCAGUCUAAACAACAGAGUGACAUACCAAACCAGUCAGUGGUUCAGUUGGCCAUAGAAACUCCAGUACAACAUGUCAAAAGGAAGCUUGUGAAGCCCAGGGUCAUCUUGGUAGGCAGCAAUGAGGGAGAAGAAAAGAAAAAGAAGAAAGUGAGGAUCAGGGACAAAAACUCAGAGCUAGCCAUUCAGAUGUGGGUUGGUAAAGAUUGCGACCGUCGUAAGAAAGAUGUGAUGGACCUGGACAUCAUCAUGCACAACAUCAUGGAGACAUUAAACAAAUGCAGAGAAGAAUUCAGUGAGAGGCCCCAGCAGAGAGCACUUGACAAAUUCCUGUCUCACAUUCAUAUUGACAUUGUCUCUCAGAUUGAAAGUAAAGAAAAUGUUGCCGAGUUGAAUUCUAAUGUUAAAAAGAGCAAGAAAAAUGUUCAGACUCUCAGAAAAGAAUUACAGGGCCUUCAGAACAAGAAAGACAGCUUACUGGAGAAGAUUGAGAAAGCUGAGAGUGAAUCUGUGACGUGUGACAUUAGCCGCUGGAUGUAUGGGUUUCAGAAGCUUGUUAAGAGGAACAGAACUCUGGUAAAGACACUGUCAACCAUUGAAGAAGAGGAACACUACAGAGAGCCCACUGAACAUAAAGCUCCACCCACAGCACCAGGUGGUCCUGGAAAAGGAAGGGGGAGACAAGAGUCCAGAGCCCGCCCCUGAAACACAAAAACUGCGUAGUAAAUAAUUAUAUGUACCAGGGAACAGUUGUCUAUUUAAUUACUCAUUGUAUUCUUAUCUUAAUCUCUGCAAAUGUCAAUUAUUUAUAAACGUUAAUUGUUCUGUUAGUUUUUUGAUAAUUCAAAUUAAAUUGGCCCGGGAUGGCAUCAACUUC